UUCUUCCUCUCCCUUCAACGAAAAAGCAACACUUGUUGCCUCUCUCUCUCUCUCUCUCUCUCUCUGAGUAAUUUCCACAAACACGUCAGGAGCUCGAAAUGAACAACCUCUUCUUCUUCCUCCUCUUAGCCGCCUCCAUCGAAUCUCCGACGGCGGCCGACGGCUCCGCCAAUGCCUACAUCUACGCCGGUUGCUCCGAGAGCCGCUACGCCCCCGGAUCCCCCUCCCAGAUCAACGUAGACUCUCUCCUCUCCUCCCUCGUCUCCGCCUCCUCCUCCACUCCUUACUCUAACCUCACAUCCACCGCCGCCUCCGCCUCCUUCCCUUCCUUCGGCCUCUUCCAGUGCCGCGGCGACCUCCAGCCCUCCAAUUGCGCCGAUUGCGUCCGAUCGGCUGUCUCCAGUAUUUCCUCUCUCUGCCCCUUCGCUGCCGGCGCCGCCGUCCAGCUCGACGGCUGCUUCCUCCGCUACGGUAACGAUUCCUUCGUCGGGGAGCCCGACACCAGCGUCCUCUACAAGAAGUGCGGCGCCUCUGGGGGAGGCGGGUACGGACCCGACCAGAUCGGUAUCCGAGACGCAGCUCUUUCCGCCCUGACCGGCGGCGGAGGCAACGGCGGAGCCGGCGGGUACAGGGUCGGCGCCGCCGGGUAUGUCCAGGCGGUGGCGCAGUGCGUUGGCGACCAGAGCGCGAGCGAGUGCGACGACUGCGUGGCGGCGGCGGUAGGGCAGGUCAGGGCCGCCUGCGGGUACGCCGUCUCCGGCGACGCCUACCUUGGCAAGUGCUAUGCUCGGUUCUGGUACACCGGCAACGGAGCCUAUAACGACGACGCGGACCACCACCACGACGACCCGGAUCACCACCACGACGAUGACGAUGAUGAUGAAACUGGGAAAACAGCAGCAAUUGUGAUUGGUCUCAUAGCAGGUGUUGCUCUCCUUAUCAUGUUUCUCACCUUCCUCAGAAAAGCUGGAAACUAUGGAAAAGAUUGAUUAAAGAUGUGGUGGCCUAGGUUUACUUUCUUUCGGCUUUUUUAUGAGAUAGUUCAUUUUGUGACAAAUUGCUAAAAGAUUAGAGUGGCUAAGGAGUUGGCAGAAGUGGGGAAGAGGAAUCAUGAACCUAGAGUUGACAAAAUGGGAGAAAUUAUGGAGAAAGGCCAUGUACAAAUUAAUUCAAUAAACUAUCCACACUGUGACUUCAUCUUUCUAAUAAAAUUAUUAUUAUUAUUAUUA